UUCAAAAUAAAGACUUUCCUUUCGAUUUCCUCCCCCUUCGUUUCUGUUCAUUACCUUCCUUCCCAAGAAAAACACAUUUUUCACAUAUUCUCCAUACAAUCUAUACAUACACACACAUAUAUAUCAUAUACAUCGCACCUCCUCAACAAUUUUCAAUUCAAUUUUAUUUUAUUUUUUUGAAUUCGAUAUCGAUUAUUGAUUUUGGGGAUGUGUGUUUUCUGAAUCUGGAUUGAUUUUUUUUCUUCAAUUGUGUGUGUGUGUGUGUGUGUGUGUGUGUUUGUUGGAUUGAAUUAUGGUGAAAUCGGUGGAGAACGGAACAUCGCUCCCACCAUUCCUGGUGAAAUGCUACGAAAUGGUCAACGAUGAGUCGACGAACGAGUUGAUUUCGUGGACUGAGUCAAACGACAGCUUCGUUAUAUGGGACGAGUCGAAAUUUGCUUCACAGUUGCUCCCAAAGUACUUCAAGCACAGCAAUUUCUCCAGCUUCGUUCGCCAACUCAAUAUCUAUGGUUUCAAGAAAAUCGAUACAGACCAAUGGCAAUUCGCUAACGAGUCCUUCGUCAAAGGGCAGAAGCAUCUGCUCAAGAACAUCACCCGAAGAAAGCAGCCUCAGAUCCCCGUACAUCAAAACAACCCUCCGCAGCAAAAAGACACAAUCGCCCCUCAGCAAUCCAAACAAGAAGAAGAAAGGAGAUUAGCCCUAUGGAAAGAAGUCGAGAAUCUCAAAACCGACAAGAACGCGCUGACUCAGCAGCUCAUGAAACUGAGUCAGCACCAGCAGAACUCUCAGAGCAAGAUGCUGUUAGUGCGAAAGCAAUUACAGGGCAUGGAAAAAAACCAGCAGCAGAUGCUUUCUUUCAUAGUGAUGGCAAUGCAAAGCCCCGAGUUUAUGGUUCAGUUCUUCCAGCCGAAAGAGAACAACAACAACAGCAAUAGAAAACUGAGCGAAGUUACCGAUGAUUGUGAGCCGUCCGAUAAAAUGAUAGUCCCUUAUCAGCCGUUGAAAGACGAUGCGCCGGAAGCUUCUAAUUUGGAAGACUUCAUGGAGUUGGAUUUUUCGUUGGAUGAGAUGAGCGACUUUUUUAAGGAUAUCGACUUUCCAAAUGAUGGGAGUGUGGGCCCGUCGGGUAAUGAUGAAGGGAGGCUUGUGCUUCCGGAUAUUUCCGAGAAUGAUGUAAUGCUGGAAGAGCUUCUCUCGUCGAAUCCAUCUACGGAAAUCGAAGAAUUUGCCGAGUUGGAUGACGAUGAAAUUGAUAAUGCGUUUGAUAAAGUGGAAGUUAUUACUAAGAAAAUGGGGUCUCUAGCUUCGGAAAUAAGGUGAAAAAGUCGUAUAUGCUCUGAUUUUUUUUUUUGGCAAUAGUAUAUGCAAAAUUACAUUUAGUCCUUCUUUUUAUAGGUAGAGAGGGGCUUCUUGAAAUUGGGUUUUUUUUUUGUUUUUUUGGGGGGUCCGGGAGGACUGAAUGGUAAUUUUGUUGGAAUCGACUGCGCUUCGUGCGGUGAAGACCAUGAACACUAAACAAUAAUACUAUGAUGCUAUGAUACUUGGAUUAUUCUGAAAACCAUUGUGUGAAAUGUAAUUUUACUACAUUUUAUUACAUGUUGUAUAGAGAUCAGAAGUGAAAGGGAACAGUUUGUUCAUUGAU